AUGAACGAGAAGUCUUCAAAAUCAUCAGCUGUAGCAGCUGGAGUUAUGAUAAUCAUCAAUUUAUUGUCUAUGAUUCUCUGUAUUAUCAUAUUCGCCAUGGGUCUACUGGUGAUAGCAGCGCCAUCUACAGUGAUGUACUUGGUUAAUAACUUCGGAAGCAGUUUUAUGAAGGCGUUGGUAACUGAGGAUACACUUUCUUUCCAACUGGGGAUGGCUGGAGCGUUGGUAUCUGGCUUCGUUUUUUGCAUCUCCUUCAUGGGAUUGUAUGGCGCUAUCACGAGAUCAAAGUUUCUUCUGUUUAUGAAAGGAUUCCAAAACCAAGACGUCAAUUUUAACCAUAUAGUGCGUGCGAACUUAAACUGCUGCGAAUUAAAUGUGACGUCCACAUUAGAAGUAAAUCCUCCAUGGUCCUGUUGCAAUGAAGAAUUCUAUUCAAAUAACUGUACUAUAGAAAAAGUUCACGAUUUGGACUGCCAAAACGCCAUUAGAUCGUGGCUCGAUAAGUUCGAGAUACCAGUAUACGCUACCCUCAUUGUUUUCCAUGUUAUAUUGCUGUCCUGCUCACUCCUAAGGCACUGUCUGUCUCGCUCGCACACCUAG